AUGGUGUUCGGUCAGCUCUAUGCCUUUUUCGUUUUCACGUUGUCAUGUUUUCUUUCCAAAACUGUGCAGGCAGAUUCAUCCAAGGAAAGUUUCUCCUUUAUUUCGCUCGACAAAGAGAGUAACUUGGAUAUCAUCAGCGCUAUAUCUUCAACAGCAGAUGUCAUAUCAUCUGUUGACAGUGCUAUCGCUAUAUUUGAGUUCGAUAAUUUCUCAUUAUCGGAGAACAUGAUAGUUGACGAAGAAUACCCAUUUUUCGAUAGAUUUUUUUCCAAUGAUGUCACUUUAGCUGUUAAUGAUGAAUCACCUUUGAACAUCUCUCAAUCCUUAUCUCCCAUUAUGGAGCAGUUUACAGUGGACGAAUUACCUCAAAGUGCCUCCGACUUGCUAUAUGAAUACUCCUUAGAUGAUAAGAGUAUUGUGUUGUUCAAAUUUACUUCCGACUCUUACGAUUUGAAAAAAUUGGAUGAAUUUAUUGAAUCCUGCUUAUUGUUUUUGGAGGAUAAGUCUGGAGACGAUUUGACUGUAGUUAUUAACUCUAUUGGUACCUUUGACGCUGAUGACAAUGAAUAUGCCACAGAAGGCACUUUGAGUCAUCAUGAUAACGACAAAGGCAAAGAUAGCGACGAUGAUAUUUUAAGCUCCAUCUGGACUGAAGGACUACUUAUGUGCUUAAUAGUUUCUGCGUUGCUGUUGUUCAUUUUGAUUAUUGCACUCUCUUGGAUAUCUAAUUUGGAUAUCACCUAUGGUGCAUUGGAAAAAUCAACAAACCCAAUAAAGAAAAACAAUUAA